AUGUGUUGGGGGGGGAGAGCCCCCCUCCCAAACUGCCUGCUUCUCCCGGAAGUGGAGCUUUUGCGCCGGACUGCUGCUCUGCGCCGUAGCUCUAGGGGCGCGCGCUUUCGGAAAGGGGAGGAGGGGCGGCAGGUAAAUCCCCCCCACCCACGUGGAUGUUGCAGGAAGGAGAACCGCGAGCGAGGACAAAGAGGUAAAGGGGUCGCGGGGGAAGGAUCCAGAGACCCUCUUGAGCUCCCCAAAGCGCCUUUCGUGCAACUGGAUCCCUGCACGCGUGCUGCGAAGGGGGUUUUCCUUGGACCCUUAGGAAGCCCACCCAGGGGAUCUCAACGAAGUCCCCUCGCCCCAUCUUCCCGCGCAGGCAUCCCUGGGACUCUGUGGGUUCCUUGCAGAGAGAGGUGGGCAUUAAAGGGUUAAGGGGCGUGAGGGAGGCCUGGAUAGAGACCCCCCUGUCCCUCCCCUGCUCGUCUUGGGGGGGGCCCUCCGGACGGAGAGAUGGGGGCGCAGGGCAUGGGGUGAGCCACGCCAAUGGGGCCCUCUGGGUGCAGGGGAGACUCUGGGACAGGGAGGGAGUCGAGGAAGUGGGGAGGGGGAGCAUCCCUGGGGCAGGGAAGGGCAGCAAUUGGGGGGGGGGGAGCUAGGAAGACCAGUCUUUGGGGACACGUCUCCAUCGUGGCGCCCGCUGGGAUUCUCUGGAGGGACCACCUUGGCUUCUCUCUCCCACCCAGGAAUCGGCCACCCCUUCAAGGCGACCAGGAGGGAUCCCUGGAAAGUGGGGGGUCCAGUCCCCCCACCCCUUUCUUCCUGCAACUUCUAUCCUCUUCCCACCCCAUAAGCCCCUGCCCUGCCCAUACUGUUGCAGGAAUUUAUGUAUAGGUUGGGUGGGUUGCCCCUCCAGCAGAUGUCAUGCACAUGCAGCCCACUACCAAAAUCAGCACCAUCACUUUUGUGACUUGUCCCCACAAAGCACUUCCAUCACAGUUUAUUCCUAUUUAUUCAAAGGGCCUCUCCUGCACGAUACCAAAUAUAAGAAUUCACUGAUAAAUGUCUCUAUGUACUGGCUCACUGGGGUAACUUCAGAAAUUCAUAUAGACAUGUGAGCUCAGCUACUCAGCAGCCCCUCUGCCUGAGUGAUAAUCCCUGGCAUCCUGAUACCUGAGUGCCAGACAGGUAGCCAUUCCAGAAAGAACCAACCCAGAUGAAGACAAAAGGGUGGGAUUAACUUGGCUGAGAAACAGGUCAGGGAGGACAAUGGGUGGCCAGCCGGGGGUGGGGCAAAGGCCAAAGAAAAGAGGCCGACCCCUUUGUCCAAGCCUCUUUUGGUUUUCUUCCUUCCAGGAUCAGGAUCCUCAGGAGCAUGUCCUGGCGGCUGGAUUAAGGUAAGUUCUGGCCUGAUUGGAAGGGGCAGGGCCCCUCCGCCAGGCUAGGCUGCAAUUUUGACCCUUUUCUUUCUGGGCGGGCACCCAGCUAGGCCGCGGGGGGGGGGGGGGGUCUUUUUGUUUUGUAGCGGGGGCAUGGCUCCCCUGAUGACGCCAUCCACUGCCCUCCAGCCGGCCAUUUCCUUUUUUGUUGGUGGGGGGGGGCAUAAGUCAGGCCACAUGGCGGUCAUGGUUUUUUGCACCCCUCCCCCUUGUUCUGCUCUGGCUACUGACGCACUUCUGCUCCUAGCAGGGAAAUGUAAAUAUCUCUUUUGUUACACUUGAUGGGUAUUUGGUGGAGGGCAAGGGGAACCAUGGGGCAGGGUCCAGGAUGCUCAGAUUACUGCCACCAGACCUCCCCUUUCUUUCUUUUUUAAAUAAUUUUUAUUCAUUUUCCAAACAAGUUUUAUACAAUCAACAAAUUGUUUUACACUCAUGCUUCAAUUUUUGACUUCCCUCAGUUUCUCUGUCAAUGUUUCGAAAAAUUUCUAUUUAUUGACGCAUUUCUAAACAUAAUAUUGCCUUUCCCCACUCCUUUUCCUCUUACUCUCUUUUUUGCAGUAUUUCUUACUAUUUCACAGAGUCUCUUCAAAACCAACAAGCGUUGUCUGUACAUCACAUAUAUUUUUCAGAUAUUCUGUAAAUUUCCCCCAGUCCUCGAUAAACUUUUGGUCUUUCUGGUAUCAAAUCUUACCAGUCAAUUUGUCCAAUUCUGCAUAUUCAGUCAAUUUCCUUCUCCAUUCUUCCACUGUUGGAAUUUCUUCCUGUUUCCAUCUUUGGGCCAGAAGUAUCCUUGCGGCAGUCACUGCAUAUUGAAACAGUUUACAGUCUCUCUUAUUGAUUUCGUUUCCUACCAUUCCUAAUAGAAAGGCUUCUGGUUUUUUAACGAACGUAUAUUUCAACAUCUUUUUCAAUUCAUUGUAUAUCAUUUCCCAGAAGUCUUUCACCUUUUUACACUCCCACCACAUAUGAUAGAAAGUACCUUCUUUUUCUUUACAUUUCCAACACUUAUUGCAUGUUUUGUACAUUUUGGCCAGUUUAACUGGCAUUAUAUACCAUCUGUAAAACAUUUUCAUUACAUUUUCUUUCAACGCAGUACAUGCCGUAAAUUUUAGCCUUUCAUUCCAUAAUUUCAUCCAAUCAUCAUACUGUAUAUUGUAACCAAAGUCUCUUGCCCAGUGUAUCAUUACUACUUUUACCUCUUCAUCUUUUGUAUGCCACUCCAGCAACACUUUAUACAUUUUAGACAGGUUUUUAUACUCAUUAUUCAAUACCUCCACUUGGAAUUUUGAUUCUUUACCUUCAUACCCACACAUUUUACAAUCUUUUUUAAACAUUUCAUUAAUUUGAAAGUAGUGUAACCAGUCAUAAACAAAUUCUUUCACCUCUUCAUAAGUUUUCAUUUUCCAUUCCCCCCCCCUUGUUACCAAUUCUCCAUAUGUUAUCCACCUCCCCCUCAUAUUAAUUUUUUUCACACUCAUUACUUCUAAUGGUGAAAUCCAAUGGGGGAGUUUAGGUUCCAACAAGUUUUUAUACCUCUCCCACACCUCUAUCAGUGAUCUUCGGAAGAUGUGGUUUUCAAAACCUUUGUGAAUUUUUUCUUCUCAUACCAUAGGUAAGCAUGCCAACCAAAUCUGUUGUCAAAUCCUUCUAAAUCUAACAGCUCUCCAUUCUCUAAUUUAAUCCAUUCCUUUAUCCAACAGAGGCAUGAUGCUUCAUAAUAUAAUUUCAAAUCUGGCAGGGCGAAGCCACCUCUCUCUUUGCAUCUGUUAAUAACUUAAACUGACUCCUUGGCUUCUUACCCUGCCAGAUAUAUCUUGUAAUUAUUUUUUUGCAAUUCUUUAAAAAUUGAUGCCCCCUUAAUUAUCGGCAAUGAUUGGAAAAGGAAUAACAUCUUUGGUAGCACACUCAUUUUUAUCGUGGAUAUUCUCCCCCAAAAGGACAAUUUCAGUCUUCCCCACACCUCCAAAUCCCUUUUUAUCUGAUUCCACAUAGGUAAGUAAUUGUUUUGAAACAAGUCAAUGUUCUUGGGGGUUAACCAUAUUCCUAAAUACUUCACUUUGUUCACCACUUCUAUCUCUGUCCUUUGUUGUAUUUCCUCAAUUAGUUCUUGAUUCAUGUUUUUAGCCAUGAUUUUCGUCUUUUUUUUGUUGAGAUAAAAUCCUGCAACUCGACCAAAUUGUUCUAUUUCUUCUAAGAUUCUUUCAAUACUUUCCACUGUUUCUUCUACUGUCAAUACCAAGUCAUCCGCGAAUGCUUUAACUUUGUAUUCAUUUUUCCCUAUAGACACCCCUUUUAUAUCUUCAUUUUUUCUUACUGAUUUUAGCAAAACUUCUAGCACCAUAAUGAAUAAUAGUGGCGACAGUGGGCAUCCCUGCCUUGUACCUUUGGUUAUUUUAAUAUCUUCUGUGGUAUAGUUGUUUACUAUUAGCUUCACUUUCUGUUCUGUAUAUUUUGCCUUUAUCCCAUUAUAAAAUUCCUUACCCAGUUCCAUAUACUCUUAGUUUUUUAACAUAAAGUUCCAUGAUAUAUUAUCGAAGGCCUUUUCAGCAUCCACAAAGAUUAAAAUAGCUUGUUUUUCAUUCCUGGCAUUCAGAUAUUCCAAUAUAUUUAUUAUGUUUCUUAUAUUAUCUUUCAUCUGUCUGCCAGGAAGAAAGCCAGCUUGAUCCUUAUGUAUAAAUUCUUGCAAUACUUUUUUCAUUCUCUUUGCUAAUAUACUCGCAAAGAUUUUAUAGUCAGUGUUCAACAGCGAAAUAGGCCUAUAAUUUUUAACCUGUGUCAAAUCCGAAUCUUGUUUUGGGAUAAGUGUGAUAAAGGCUUCUUUCCAUGUUUCCGGAAUUUCACAGUUCUUUAAUAUGUUGUUUAUGACUUCUUUCAAUGGUAUAAGUAGGGUGCUUCUCAUUUCCUUAUAAUAUCUGGCUGUAAAUCCAUCUGGUCCUGGAGCUUUCCCUUUUUUCAAUUCCUUUAUUACCUCUUUUAUUUCUUCUGUUUCAAUUGGGGCGUUCAAAAAAUCUUUUUUCUCUGUUGGGAUCUUCUGCACUUCUUUUUCCUUUAAAACCAGACCUCCCCUUUCAUGAUGUAACAAUGAUGUAUUAGUGAUGUAUUUUGGGGGCAGUAACAUGGGGAUUAGCAGCUAAUAAAAGUUUGGGUUCUCUUUUGUUUGGGGCUUCCAUCUUGUUCCACCUUAUGGUAGGUGGGAGUCCUGUCAUGACAGUCUUCAAUAAAUACCAAGCCUACUGGCUGCUGUUUUGCUCUGGUAUUCCUGGCUGGUGUCCUUGUUUUUUGUCCAGGGGGGCCCUCAGAUUUCUCCGUUAACAAGACACACCUUCCUUCCUGCAAGCUCCACCCGAUUCCCACCCCAUAAGCCCCUGCCAUGUCCAGAUAAUAAUAAUAAUAAUAAUAAUAAUAAUAAUAAUAUUUAUAUCUCGCCCUCCGGGCUCAGAGCCACUAACAACAAUAAAAAUAACAGUUUACAUAAAAUCACAAUCAAUUAAUUAAAAUGCAUUCUAAAAUCAAUUCAUUCUAAUAUCAAUUCAAAAUCAAAUUAAUGGCAGAUACAGUGGUUCUGCCAAGUCCAACCAUUGGUCCCCCUGGAGAGGAGAGGAAAUUCCAAGAGGAAGAGAAGAGGGGAGAGGCCUUCUCAGAAGCGGCUCUUUGUUUCCGCAGUCCUACCCAGGAAUCAGCCAGAAACCUUUUCCUCUCUCUCAGGCUUCCAUCUUUAAGUGUCUUUUCCACUGCAUGGUUCAUUGAGGAUGAGGAUAAUGUACACCUGUCAUCAGAAACAGGAGUGCAGAGUCCAUGGAAUGGCUCUCAUGAUUGAUAUAGAAGUUGCACCUGAAAACCAUUUCUGUUCCUCUUAUUCUUUGAAGGCAGUGUCAGACUGACUGACAAGCUGAGAUACAACCCAUCAUCAUCCGAUGAUAGCCAUUGCAUGAAUCUUCCCAGUCAAAGGACCCAUUUUCAUGAUAGACAGUCCCUGUGUGGCUGGAGGCUCAACACACAGGGUGUGCCUAUACAGGCGAAAGACUGCCAGUAUUAGCACAGGCGAGGUGUGUGUUCCCCCCACCAAAUUGACUGCCUGUGUGUGAAUGAGAAUUUGUGGGUGGGACUAUCGUUUACGGCAACAUUGCAACCACAAGGGAGCACCCAGGUGUCAGAACACUCAUCCCCCAACACCAUGUUCUGGACAUGGCCCAGGAGGAAGGAGGGGAACCACUGCAUAGCAGGCCCCCCAGCUCCCCUAGAGGGUCCAGAAGGAUACCAAGGUCAAAGGUCUCCAAAGCCGCUGAGAGAUCCAGCAGAACCAGGAAACAGCUUUCCCCUCGGACUCUAGCGCAUCGGAGAUCAUAAUCCAGCGCAACCAGCGCAGUUUCAGUCCCAUGGUGAGGCCUGAAUCCCAAUUGGAAGGAUAAUGUUGGCAGAAGCUUUCGUGGUCCGGCACCCACAAAAGCUCCAGGCACAAUAUUUUAUUAGCUUUGAAGGGGCCAUCGGAUACUUGGUAGUCUUUUGUGCAAAAGACAAAUACUCUGAUUAGUUUUUAAUUGAUGUAUGAUAUAAACAGCACUUCUUUUUUACAUAUUCCACAUUGGAGAGAUUUUGAUACACAGGUCUGAGUUCAUCGCCCCCCUGAAACUGCUGUGUUAGCAGCACUGCCUGGGCAGUGUGUUUGGGGGUCCUGGGCUGCCUAGACAACAAGACCCCCUUCUCAGCCUGGCUUAUAUAGUCCCAAGGAAAGCCGAGGAGUAUGUUAGGCACCAGCUUGGCUGCAGCAGUUGCUGGAAGGAGGUGUGCAGGGCACCAUCCAACCACCUUAGACAGUCCACUCUGGAUUUGUGUAGGUUUUCCUCCAUAGCAUUUUCUUCUCCUGAAGAUAACUCAAGAGGAAGUGAGGGAGUGCACCAAAGUAUUACGACCAGAGAUUUCCUUCCCGUUGGGCUUCCUUCCCCGGUUGACGAGCCCCAUCUGCCCUGACUUUCCUCUGCAGAAUGGGCAGAAUCUGCCUUCUUGACUGUGGGAUUCACUGUUGUUCUCAUCCUUUCCAUCCACCAGAGCCUGCAAUCACCCGCAGCAGAAUUCCCCAACCCACCAAGAAUUUGAGACCCAUCAGGUAUCCUCACCUGGUUUAGCAGGCCGGUUGAAGCCGUUCCUGGGAUUGUGGCCCCUAUUGCAUGCUGACAGCUUCCGGAAGCCAAAGGUGAUAGCUGAGUGCAGGGUGGAGACCAGUGGUGGAUAAAUUACCCCAUAAGGUGCAUGACAUUUCCCCCACCAAAGGUGCUAACACUCCCCUAACACCCCAUGACAUCAUAUGAUUAUGAUCUUUAAGACAGAAGAGGAAUAAAUUCAUGUCCCCAGAAAUAACACAACUUCAGGCCAUUAGUGAAUCAAUACUACAUUUUCAAGGUACUACACAUUCCACUAAGUACAGUUUAUCUAUUUGCCUUGAAUAUCCUGCUUUUCAGUGUCAUUUUAGGAUAGUCCUGCGUCAGAAGACGGGCACGAGAUCAGACAGCACAUCAUUCUUUAAAAAAUCAUGCUGCUUUAUGGAACAUUGAUUGAGGAUUUGGAAAGGUGCUCUUGAAUUACUAUCAUUUGACAUGGCAACUUCAUUUCCUAAAAAUUGGGAACAUGGGUAGGAGGUGAGGGAGUGUAGGAGACGUUGAAAUAGGAGAAUGUGCUAAUGGAGGUUGAUGUGUUGUCUUUCCCUUAAUUCUCUUCAUUGAAACCCAACAGGAUUUACUUUCCUCCCACUCUGAAGAAGGGGAUGGAGAAGACAGUCAAAACUCCAGGGAAUGGUGCAACUUUCGUUUCAUUAGGAAUAGAAAUUAA